GACAAUAAAUACAAUCAGUAAUUUAAAGUUGACAGUUUUAACAUACCUGAAAAUAAAAUAAAAAUAUAUUAGCAAAGUUUUCACAUAAUUACACACACUUUAGAGAUAUUUAACUACUUAAGAGGCUCCUGGUACUAAAGAUAUGCAAAUUUUUGUAAAUGAAUAAACUGACUGUCAUAGUAAAGAAGAAAACGUCAAAAAGAAAAAAUAAAUAUUUACAAAUAAACUGGCAUCCACAAUCGUCGCAUUAUUUUCCGAUCCGCAACAUGUCCGCGCUGCCGAAAGUCGACAUAGACCAGCCAAAAUUCGAUCAGAGCACGUAUUUUGGGCGUUUCAAGCACUUCUUCCUGCUCACUAAUCCGCUGAACUUGCUAGCUAGCAGCGCCGAGUUAGAGCGUUCGCAACGCAUCGUUAAGAAUUAUCGCGCCGGCAAAGAUGUUUCGACCGACGUGAGCACACUCGAGGAACUGUGGCAUGCCAAGUAUAUAUACGAUUCCGCAUUUCAUCCAGAAACGGGCGAAAAGUCACCGCUAAUCGGUCGCAUGUCCGCGCAAAUGCCGAUGAACACCAUCAUUACGGGUUGUAUGCUCUCUUUCCACAAGACUACCAGCGCCGUUGUGUUCUGGCAGUGGUUCAAUCAGACCUUCAACGCCAUUGUAAACUAUACCAAUCGUUCGGGAUCUUCUAAACUCACGACCGGCGAUUUGGUGAAGUGCUACUGCUUAGCUACAGGUGGCGCUUUGGGCACCGCGUUGUCAUUGAAUCGGCUUACGGCGAAUAUGCCCCCGCUUAUUGGACGUAUGGUGCCGUUUGUGGCCAUCUCGGCGGCGAAUUGUAUUAACGUGCCGAUGAUGCGUUCACACGAAAUACGCAACGGUGUGGUACUAUUAAACGAACAGGGACGUGAAGUCGGCGUAUCAACGCGCGCUGCCAUCACCGGUAUAGCGUUGGUGGUGCUGAGUCGCAUUGCCAUGGCUAUACCCGGUAUGACCUUCACACCUGUAAUUAUUGAUAAGUUGGAUAAGCCAGGGAAGUUACUAAAUCGUUUGCCGUGGUUGAAUCCACCGUUGCAAACGACAAUUUGUGGGCUGCUGCUGAUCUUUGCUACACCGAUGGGCUGCGCGCUGUGGCCACAGAAAAUGAAUAUAAAAGUGGAAAAAUUGGAGGAUGAAGUUCAGAGCGAUAUCAAGAAGAAGUAUCCAGACUUGAAAGUGGUGUGGUUUAAUAAGGGACUGUGAAAUGAAGCUUCCGAAGACAAUUACAAUGGUUUAUGCCAAAGCAAAAAAUAUAAAAAUAAAAUAAUAAUUGUUUUUGUAAUGCUCUUUAACUACUUGAAUAUAAUUAGUUCGUCAACAUAUUUGUAUAAGAUA